UUCCAACCGACUUUAUUUCUUCCUCCCUACACCUUUCAACGCGGUCGCUUUCAACUCACAUCCUCACGACCAAUCUACUAACCAUGGCCCCCAAGAACAGCGGAAAGAAGGCGGCGCCGGCCCCCUUCGGCUCGAGCAAGAGCUCAAAGAAGGCCCCCAAGAACCCUCUCAUCGAGAAGCGCCCCCGCAACUUCGGUAUCGGCCAGGACAUCCAGCCCAAGCGCAACCUCUCGCGCAUGGUGAAGUGGCCCGAGUAUGUCCGUCUUCAGCGCCAACGCAAGGUCCUUGUCCAGCGCCUCAAGGUCCCCCCUGCGCUCGCCCAGUUCCAGUCGACCCUUGACCGCAACACCGCUGCCCAGGUCUUCAAGCUUCUGAACAAGUACAGGCCAGAGACCAAGGCUGAGAAGAAGGAGCGAUUGGUCAAGGAGGCUACCGCUGUCAAGGAUGGUGGCAAGAAGGAAGACGUUAGCAAGAAGCCCUACACCGUCAAGUACGGUCUUAACCACGUUGUUGGAUUGAUUGAGAACAAGAAGACCUCACUGGUCUUGAUUCCCAAUGAUGUUGACCCCAUUGAGCUGGUCAUCUUCUUGCCUGCCCUUUGCCGCAAGUUUGGCGUCCCAUACGCCAUCGUCAAGGGCAAGGCCAGACUCGGCACCGUUGUUCAUAAGAAGACCGCUGCUGUACUUGCUCUUACUGAGGUCCGCUCUGAAGACAAGACCGAGCUCUCCAAGGUCAUCAGCGCUGUCAAGGAGGGCUUCCUAGCCAACACUGAGGCUAGCCGAAAGCAGUGGGGUGGUGGUAUCAUGGGUGAGAAGGCCAACAAGCGCACCGAGAAGAAGAAGAAGGCCCUCGAAUCAGCCAUCAAGAUCUAAGCCUUUGCAUUGAGUCAUGACAGGGUCAGGAGUUCUUAGCUUUGCACGGUUUCGGCGUUGAAGGAGGUAAAAUGGAAUACCAAUCUGUGGAUUUGCACAUCACCAUUCCAUCCUCGGGAGCCUUUGAAUGAAAUGACAGUCAAUGUGAAGCUUUUAUUGGGCGAUUGAUAUUUAUCAAUAAGCACCCCACGUUUGUACAACCCGUAAUUCCGCCAUGUGCUUGAGAAUCAACAGACGCCGUCACUAAUCUACGGCAACCACGAAGACAUUGCGACGUGGGCCUUGGACAAAAAAUAAAGAAUCAAAUAAAUGAUAUUAAGACAAAACAGUAAUUUAGUCUUCAAUGUGAGAUAAGAAAAUAACUCAGGCUAUGAAUAGACAUUCAGGCUUAGCUAACUACG